AUGGUGUCUCUCUGGGCCAGAAUCGUUGCCGUGUUUCACUUCAUUCUUCUCUCUCCGCCCAGAGAACAAUGGCCUGAUCAGCAUCCGCUGUCCGUCUCUACCAAGGCCUCCGGGCCUGCACAACCAAGUCUCCUUGCUGACGAACGCGUGCCCCCGAAGCCGUUCCUCCCUCCCUCGGCACCAAGAGGCUCCGACUUUCGCUGUGAGUAUCCAAAGUUGAAGGACUACAAGUUCUGUUCCACGUAUGGUGAUCGGUCCUGCUGGCUCAAGCACUCGGAUCCUGCCAAACAAUCGUAUAAUAUCACCACGGACUACGAGAAGGUCUUUCCUGAGGGUAUCACUCGCAAGUACUAUAUCGAGAUCAACGAGAAAACUAUUUCGCCGGAUGGAGUAUCGCGGGCGGCGAUGCUUGUGAAUGGCACUUACCCAGGACCCUGGAUAGAAGCCUGCUGGGGUGACUGGCUGGAGAUCACGGUGAAUAAUACUCUUCAAACCAACGGCACCACGAUCCACUGGCAUGGGAUCCGUCAGUUGCACACCACCGCCAACGAUGGGGUCAACGCCAUCACGCAGUGCCCCAUCGCUCCCAACCAGACUUUCACGUACAAGUUCAGAGCUAUGCAGUACGGCACAUCCUGGUACCACAGCCACUACAGUCUGCAGUACGGUGAUGGCGUGUUGGGCCCCUUGACGAUCCACGGUCCAUCAUCAGCGGACUUCGACGAGGCACAACCCCCAGUGUUGAUGUCCGACUGGUUGCACCGGCCGUGGUAUUCUGCGUGGUGGGACUCGAUCAAAACUGGAGAGAGACCGGCUGACCCGGACAACAUUCUGGUCGGUGGCGAGGGGACGUGGCCAGCCAGCCUCCCAAGCAAGGAGUUCCGCCUCGAUUUCGUAAGGGGGAGACGCUAUUUGCUUCGGCUCAUCAACACUUCGGUUGAUACGACCUUCGUUUUCUCCAUUGACAAUCACAAGAUUCAGGUAGUUGGGGCCGAUUUUGUUCCAAUUGUACCAUACAUGACAGACCAUGUGGUGGUCGGAAUCGGACAGCGGUACCAUAUCAUCGUGACAGCAAAUCCCAUGGACGGCUACGACGAUGCUUCUUACUGGAUCCGGACCAUACCAGCCGCCGGUUGUAGUCCAAAAGCGAUGCAAAGUAUCGACAACCGAACCGGCAUCAUCAUCUACAAGAAAAAGGACCCCGUAGACUACCCUCGUACCUUCAGCAUCGAGUGCCGUGAUGAGCCAUACGGGAAACUGGUGCCGGUCCUCAAUUGGACGGUCGGGUCGCCAUCGAACAUUGCGGCCAACAGUGAAUUUGACAUUGGGUUUGACAACAUCACCGCAGGCUCUCUCUGGCCCGCAAGUAUCCAGAAACCGCGUUGGAACAUGUACAGCGACACCAUGUGGCUGAAUUUCUCUAACAUUACGCUCUCGCAAAAUCUCAAUGCCAAACAGAAUGAGUUUAAUAGCCAUUCAGUGGUUGUGAAGCAGGAUUCGGCCGAGGACGCCUGGGUCUAUUUUCUCCUGUCCGGCACCGGCAUCCCGCGCUCUGGCCGCCAAUACUUCCCGAUUGCCCACCCCAUCCAUCUGCACGGGCAUGAUUUUGCGAUCCUGCAGCAAUCCAGCCAGCCGUACCAGAUCGGCGGGUUGAACCUGAACUUAAAGAACCCGCCGCGGCGAGACGUGGCGUUGCUGCCUGCCAGCGGCUUCCUGGUGCUGGCAUUCAAGGCUGACAACCCCGGUAUCUGGCUGAUGCACUGUAUCUUCCUCUCCUAUCAUCUAUGA